AUGGCGGACACGAUGAAGGCCUGGCAGCUUGCCUUCCCCGGCCGCCUGGACGAGAAGCUGGAGCUGAACCAUAACGGCCCCCGGCCGACGAGCCGCGACCUGCGCGGCCAGGACAUCCUGGUCCUGGUGCGCGGCGCGGCGCUGAACCCCGCCGACUACAAGGUCGCGGAGCUGGGCCUCCUCGCGCGCGCCGUCCUCUCGUUCCCCCAGACGCCGUGCAUGGACCUGAGCGGCACCGUGCUCCCCGUCGGCCCGGACGUUGGCGACGUGCUCGUCGGCGACCGCGUCACCGGCCGCCUCGACCCCUUCAAGCCGACCGGCGCGCUGUCCGAGCAGGUCGUCCUGGAGCGCGACGACUACGCCAAGAUCCCCCCGCCGCCGCCGCCACGGACCUCGACGACGCGGUGGGCCUGGGCACCGCCGCGCUGA